GGGGUUCGUGAAGGCAGUACAGGUCCACCCGGUGGUGCUGUGAUAUUGAGAGGUCAUACAUUUUCAAAUAACAGGAGAAAUCAGAACAGAAAGCCAAGAUGUCUGGAGAACUGUCCCUUAACAUAAACAUCAAGGAGCCAAGAUGGGACCAAGGCACAUUCAUGGGGCGCGCCAAGCACUUCUUCAUGGUCACAGAUCCCAGGAACGUCCUGCUGUCCUCUGAGACUCUGGAGGAGGCCCGAGUGAUCAUGGAGGACUACAGAGCUGGAGUUGUGAAGCCUGGCCUGACGGAGGAUGAGCUCUGGAGAGCAAAGUACGUCUACGACUCUGCCUUCCACCCCGACACUGGGGAGAAGAUGUUUGUGAUUGGUCGGAUGUCUGCUCAGGUGCCAAUGAACAUGUCCAUCACAGGCUGCAUGCUCACCUUCUACAGGACUACUCCAGCAGUGGUGUUCUGGCAGUGGGUUAACCAGUCCUUCAACGCCGUCGUCAACUACACCAACCGCAGUGGAGACGCCCCCAUGACCGUGAACCAGCUCGGUGCGGCCUACAUUAGUGCUACUACUGGUGCCGUAGUCACUGCCCUGGGGCUCAAGUCCUUAGCUUCGCGUCUCCCACCAAUCGUCAGCCGGUUUGUCCCUUUUGCUGCUGUUGCCGCUGCCAACUGUAUCAACAUUCCCUUCAUGAGACAGAGGGAAUUGAAGUACGGUAUCCCUGUGACAGAUGAGAACGACAACAGGUUAGGAGAGUCUGCCAGUGCUGCCAAACAGGCCAUCGUGCAGGUGGUGGUGUCCAGGAUCGGCAUGGCAGUGCCUGCGAUGGCCAUUCCCCCUGUAAUAAUGAAUGCUCUGGAGAAAAGGGCUUUCAUGAAGCGGUUUCCAAUUCUAAACGCUCCUGUCCAGGUGGGGCUCGUCGGCCUGUGCCUGGUGUUUGCAACUCCUCUUUGCUGCGCCCUGUUCCCUCAGAAAAGCUCUAUGAGUGUGAGCGGGCUGGAACCAGAUCUGCAGGAGAGGAUACGACAGACCAGUCCUCACACCACCACCGUCUACUUCAACAAGGGCCUGUAGGAGCCGACAACUCAUCUCCACUCAUAUGCACAAGACAAGCAGACACUCACACAUACAACGCACACACUCACACAUCUGUUGUACUCUGGGCACAAAUGGGAGUACAAAACAAAAUUUAUUUAUGCAUAUUUUGUUUUGUUUGUGGGUAUUGCUACAUUUUUUUUUUAAAAAUUUGACUGCAUGGAGGUGCUCCAAAUCUAACAGUGGAAGGUUACUAUUAUAUGAAAAAGAAGAUUCAUUGAAAGGAAAAUGAAACACUUUGAGAAGGAAGAUUGCUGACAGUUCUCUGUGUACAUAGAUGACACUCCUUAGGAAAGGAAAAUUGACUUCUUUUUUUUAUUUUUUGUUAUUAUCGUGUCGUGGUGUGUUUUGUCUUCCACCGCUCAAAGCUGCAUAUUGGGUGGCAGUUCAUGAAGUUACUGAUUUGUAUUUGACUCACCAAUAUUUCGUUACAUUCAGGUUUUACGUCCUGAUAAAUUACUUGUAAUUCCAGUUUAAAACUAAGGCUCGUGCUUGUAAGUCGUGCGUGUAAUUGCUUUUGAAUGUAACUUAUUUGCCUUGUGUCGCCGCUCUUUAUAAUUCUAGCUCAGUCAUUGUCACAUUAUUCUUCAAAAGUGACAUAGAAAAAAAACUUCACACUGAAUAUGGUAGAUUAAAUUGUUGCCCCCAAUUCCUUUAAUCCACUGUGUAGUUGCGCCAAAAAGAAAAGUAGCUCUAAAUAGUGCGACCCUUGAUGAAUUUUCUUCUGUUUCGUUGUGUUUUUUGCCUCUUGUUAACCAGUGCUGCUUUUUACUCUCUUCCACUCUCCUUUAAGUGUACUUAUGCCCCUUCGUAUUGUCAGACCAGCUAAUCAGGUGCUAGAUAAAUAUAUAGAGAAAAAAUUAAACGGCAAAAGCUUACAAAGCACAGCCGUAAGUGCAUGAGUGAGAGGGGUUUUUAUCAACAUGAAUACGUACUGUGGCAGCCUGUUUUUCAAGAAUUUAUUUUUUUUAGUUGUUUUAGGCGAUAGUGCUUGUUUGGUGGUGGUGUCUGGUGGAGAGGAAUAUGCUAUGUUGUCUGUACAUUUUAUCUCUAAGAUGAAGGAGGAAGAAGACGAUUUUCCUUCCAAGUUUGACCGUUUUUAUGUUUAAAUGCAGUGCAGACGAUGAUAUUUUGUCGUUAUCGUGGUAAAACUUGAAACCUGAAAAAUUGCAAGCUAAAAGAAAUCUGAACUGAUAUCAAGGUAACACUGCCUAUUUUCCGUUCUGGAAAGCUGGGAAAUGCAGGGUUUUUAUUCGAACUAGCUGCCUGCACAAUUGCGCUAGAGCCAUUGAUGUCCUGUUGUACCAAAUGAAAGUAGUAAAUGUUGUGUGACAAAGUCAUAAUACUAACUGCCUAUGUGUAGGUCAGGGGAGCAGGCAAUUGUGUGCACAGUGUUUGGUGUUGCUUUGUUGAAGUGGACAGAUUGGCUGCGUUUGAGCGUCUCUGAUCAAAAUCAUUCACAUUGAUGACCAAGCUCUCCAAACACGCAACUGUCCAGUGUGGUUGUGAUAGUGAUGUUGGUGUAAGUUAAGAAAUAGUUGAAUUUAUCACAGUCAUCUGUCUGGAUUAUAAAAAUAAGUAUAUUUUUCUUGGAUAUAUUUCUAUAUACAGUAUAUAUAUAUAUGUAUAGGAUGUAAACUAUAUGAAGCACAUAUGCAUGAGGGAUUGAGAGAUUUUAAAUGACACGUACGCCUCUGUUAGUGAAUCCACCAGAUGGCCCCACAUAUGCACUGGAAAACAAUGUCUGCUGCUCAUAUUGCAGGAGUACAGAGUGUAAUUUAUUGCAAAUGAGUAAGUGCACCUCUUGCUUUAGGGCUAAUAAGUCCUCAGAUUAGGGGAGUGUUCCUCUCGUCGGACUUAUCUCGAAACAGAGUCACAAAUUUACCAACGACGAUUCGAUGUUUGUGUGAAGUGGUGUUUUUAACGUAUGUUGCUCAAAACGCGUAACCCACAGUAGGAUUGUAUAGACCAUGUUUAUGUUCAAAUUCAUCUCCAUCAAGUCACUAGAGUUUUUGUUGGGCAAGUCUGUUGCUGCACAAUCAUGCAUUUAAAGCAAAACGAUUGUGGAUGUUAAGGGACUGUAGCAACUGCACAACUAUUGCAUUUUUUAUAAAUGAACUUCUGUACAAGCAGAAAUACAAAAUGAUUGUGGUUAUGUGUGAUCCUAAAAUGUUGCAGUUUCAUUCAAGAUUGCUUUUGGAAAAUGUUGCCACCUGAAAUUCACCAGAAUGUGGAUGUCCUGUUCCUUUUUAACAUAUCUUGUUUUAGAACGAAACACUUUUUUUUUCAUCUGCUUGCUUACACUCCAUUGUUACUCAUAUUUUUGAAGAAACGUUUAAAGAGCCCAUAUUAUGCUCUUUGGAUUUUUCUCUUUUCUUUAGUGUGCUGUUGCUUUUUUGUGCGCUGAAAAGGUCUGUAAACUUACACAACCGCCAAAGGAAGUUAUUCUCUCACAUAGGAAACACUGCUCCUUACCUGUCUGAAACACCUUGUUUGAAGUAUAGUUGUUUCUCUGUUACUUAUCUACAUCAUCAUGUAACACAUUGGCAUAACGCCUGUGUAGCUGCUAGUUUAGGAUGCUCUCAAACAAUGUGCAGCCUGCCUAUACUCAAAUCUGAACGUAGCAUCAACAUAGUACCACGUUUCAGCCUUUAGUCGGGCCAGCUGACCAAUCAGAGCAGACUGGACUUUUGGGAGGGAAUCCUUAAAGAGAUGGAAGCAUAAACAGAGCAUUUCAGACACAUGGUGAGGAGAGGUGCUGCUGCAAUAUACAGUAGGAAAAAAAGUUUUUGAAUGCUAAAAUAUGUAAACAUACACUAGUAGACUCCUAAAAUGAAAAAAAAAACCACUCCUGUAGGUUUGCAUAAUAUGGGUUCUUUAACUCCCUAAUGUCCCAUCCAUGUAAACAGACAGCCGUUACUGUUUAUGUCCCUGCCUACAGGUGCUUGAAUCAAACACGACUCCUGCUUGCAUGCACUGCAGGACAGUGUCACAGAUUCGGCAUCAUUUCUGUAUUCUGAUGUUUGAAGUGCUUGCAGCUGUGCUACAGUGCUGAUGGUAGUUACUGUGUGUUCUGUUUAAGGUUUGCUGAAGAUAAAACUGCACUAUAUAACCUUUGCCGUGCUGCUGUAGGAGCUAGCUAAUUUUGUGUUGCUAUUUAUAAAGAAGGGUUUUCAAGUAUACAUUGAAGAUUGUGAUUCUUUGUCGUGCUGGAUGAUGUUGAUUAAAUCACAGUCAUGCGGCUGCUAAUUCAUAAUUCAUUCAUGGUCUGGCAGCUUUCAGUGCUCAUAAUCAGGUAGCUUAGUUUCUGCUUCUUUUUUUUGUUUUUCCUUUGUGUUUUUCUACUCUUGGAGUUAUGGUGUGGAAAUGUCAAGAACAAAACUGAAGGGUUUGAUUCAGCAUUCAAAUACAUUUGUAAACUUGCAUCUCAGCUCGUGACUGGACUGUACCACCGUAACAUGUCGCACCCAUAGAUCUAGCCAAAGAUGAGACGGGUAUGAAUCGUGCGGGAUUAAGAAGAUGAAGGAAGUGUGUAGCUUUUAAAGUUUUUGUUUCAGCUUUAGCAUGUGGACCUUUUUGCCAGACUUUAAUCAUGGAAGAACAUAUUUUUUUUUACAAAGUGGUCCUCAACUAUGUCAGUGCAACACUCAACAGCACCAAAUUUUUUAAAGAAUGUCACAAAGAAUUAUAAAUACAAAGUUAUGACAUUGAUAUAAAUAAUUCCCAAGACACUUUUUAUGUGAAGUCAUAUUUUUUUGCCAUGGAUUUUAUUCACGUUACACUAAAAUGUCAUAAGCACACUUGUUGAGAACCUUCUCAUUUACAACUUGAGUUGUGUAUGCCAUAAACAUUUUACAUCUUUGCAUACUGAAGGUACAAAUGUAAAGACAAUCUAUGUUAUUGUUACACUCCAUGAAUGUUUUGGUUGUUUCAUGUACAUACAACUUCCAUACGUGUAGACCUGUCAGUAUUGGUGCACAGUGUGUUCUCCCUCUGUUUUGUAUUGUUUUGAAAUAUAUUUCCGUGAUGUGAAAUGUAUUCAACUCAGAGCAAUAGAAUAAAAUGUAUCCAAACCGGUC